AUCGCUUCAGAUGCUUUGCCGUUCGCGAUCUUGCCGAUGCCAUGGCUGUCGGCGACCGCGGAAGCACACGGCGCUUGUGCCGGGCAUUGCGCAAGCUUCGCAGUCGAGAGGAGGGGCUGCAGUUGGUGCAACAGCAGCUGAAUGCCAGACCGAGCGGAGCAGAGACCUGUGGCUUGAUCGAUGCCUUUGCCCGACAGGGCUGGUUCUAUCGGCCCUUAGCCCCUUGGAUGGGAUGGGUCGAGCAUGUGAACCCCUCCAAAAAGCCGCGAGCGUCUCCCUAGCCUGAGGCUCAAGCAGAGAAAAAGAACAACUACAGGUCCAGGUGAGUCUCUACUGAAGGAUUCACUUGUCUCACUAGAGUAACUGAGCUACGGUGUCAGUACGUGAGCUUGAUACACACCGAACCGCUUCGUGCACUUCUCGAUUGGUUCGGUGGGGCGUCCAAAAGCGUCCCAUGUUGCGAACCCAACGGAACAGCAGAAGAGUCAUAGGCUGGGAGAAGGCCUUCUCAGGCUCCGAAUCAGGACAGUAGACGAGUAGAUGAAGAUCUAAUUAUUGGGUUCCCCGCAUUGAGACAGCUCAGAGAUUCUUUUGAGCCCGGUGAGACUUCAUCAUGAACUUGCCUGACAAAGGAAGGCAUCAGGGCCCCAGGGAACCAGAACCAUCCUUGUUUGCAAAGAACACCAAAGCAAACACCUCAAUUCCAACGCCAUUCACUCUUCACCAACAAGGCCUCUUCUCUUGGCACCUCCCCCUUCUUUCAACAGCUCACGCCGUAGCGCUCGCUCGGAGCUCAAACCGAAAGGUUGACUUGGCAUCGCAACAGCUUAGCACAGGGACCUCGGCUUCGCCGCCUCACCUGGCAGUGACCUUGCGGGCUUUGGCCACCCUCCACCCGCCAAGUCUGGCGCGCUGGCGGGGUCCGUUAAACGCGCCACCUGUGGGACGUCGCCAUGGUUGGUUUGCAGCAGUGGUGCUGCUGAGGAGCUUGUUGUUGGCCGAGGUUGUGAUGGAUGGAUUGCUGGGAAAGGUCUUCUCCUGGACCUCUCAACAGGGAUCCUGGACUUCUCAACCGGCGCACCUGCGCAGUUCCGGCGCUUUAUGGGGUGCCCUGUGCGACGUGGCUUGGAUCCUCGAACGACGCCCACCGGCCAGCUUGAAGCCUCUGACCGACCGGGAGAAGGCCACAUUGGAGUUGGUCCAAAGUUGGCCCGGUGUGGCACAGCCGGUGAGUGGGAUCUCCGAAGCCUUGGAACUGCACGUGUCCGCCGCCUUCCAACGCCUGGGUCGCACAGUGGAUGGUCUCCAUCGUCCCUCCGGCGCGCGCUCAGGGCAUCGGAGGCUUCCGCUGAGUCUUCCGGAGCUGAAGCUGGUGCUCUUCUGCUUGGACCAGCGCAGCUUCAUCUACGAUCUUCAGGAUGGCCGAAGUUGGUUGAAGCCCUUGACCCUUCUGCACCAGCAGCAGCUGGAGACGGCGGGCUGGCGCGUGGAAGUGAUCCUGGACUCCGAGUGGCCCGAGCAGCAUCUGGAGCAAGAGCUCUUGCUUCGAAAGAAGCUUGCCCAUGCCUUACAAGCACAUGUGCCCCGAAGAAGGAGGCGCAGGCUGCCUUGAGGAGCAGAGGAAAAGGCAUGCGGCCCUCUCAGUCGCUGGCAGACCGCCCCCCAAAUGGACAGCACUGUGGCAAUAUUAGGUUAUUGGCGGUUAUUAUUAUUGGUAAUCAAUUAUUGCAAGAACAGAAACACCAAUAUAGCAGAAGACUGGUUCUGUGAGUAAUUAGCUGGUGUUUCUGUUGCGCUUGGCAUGUAGUGUAGCCUGCCGCAAGCAGAAGUGACUUGGCCCAGUCUGUACCACUUGCCCGGGGCAUACAUAUCCUGCCAGUCCAGCCCUACCUUUACUAUACUAUGUUGAAGAAUAUGUUGAUCUAUGCACUUGGCAAAAACCCACGAACUUCUCAUGGCCUGUACUUUGGUGAUUAAAUCGAGGCUCCGGCUCCUUUCUGGCACAGAAAAGCGAACGCGGCUGAAGUCGGCAUUGCUAUGCAUUGAGGUUUUGGCACAUGUUUUUCACAGCAGAUGGUGAGAUGAACAUCACCAAGUUGGCCACCAGUCAUUUUAUACCUUUGGCUGUGAGCCCCUAGUCCCCUUUACAAAGAUACUAUUUUCUGGCCAACGGUUGUAUUCAGGGUUUCACAGUACACACGUUCACAACAUCAAGUGUAGUCUUUGUUAUGGCGACAACUCCUUGCAGAUAAGGGCUUUGUUUGGCAGAACCCGGGUUGAACUUGAUGCGGAGGAGUUCCGUCCAGCAGAGUCUAGCAUCUCGGAUGCAAGGUUUCGACAGAGGCUUUGUUCGGAGAAGGGCUGUGCGAGUUGGACGAAAGUCAUGAAGUUGAAGCAACGCUAUAAGCUCUACAAGAUCUCAGCAUCAACGAUGAAGGUGGCGAUCUAGCUUUACAUUUUGCAACCAAAAACAGCCACUUGAGGGUGGUGAGAGUUGCUGCAGGCCGAUGCUGAUAAGGA